CAAGGCGAGAUGGAACACGCUGGGCCCUCCUCCCAGAGCACACCCGUUAUCGGCAACGGCGCUGGGGACCGACUUAGCGCUCCUGGCGGCACCGUGAACAAGAGCACAGGCACUGGUAAUCACUUCACUGGGGCUAAUUUCUCUGGACCUGUGUAUUUUGGCACAAAGGAACACUUCGAUCCUUUACAAGAAUGCUUAAUAUCGCUGGCUUUUCUAGAAAUGGACAGUCGGUUCUACGAUAUCGAUACCGCCGCACAGGGAACAUGUGAGUGGCUACUUCGACACGAAAUGUACACGAGCUGGGCUUCUCAUGAUCGAGCCCUGCUCUGGAUCAAAGGGAAGCCCGGUUCUGGGAAGUCCACAUUGCUGCAAUACGCUCUGAAAAAUGCCAUGAAAAAACCCAACACUGGAAAGAGAGCCUUGAUCCUCUCAUUCUUCUUCCACGGUCGUGGUACUGAACUCCAAAGGACGCCGCUCGGCCUCUUCCGGGCGCUCCUUCACCAGCUCCUCAGCCGGGUCCCUGACGCACAGCCGGACCUCGUGGCCCACUUUCAACAACAGUGCGAAACUCGUGGCAAGCCGGGUGAGGGGUGGCAGUGGCAUCCGCGUGAGUUACAGCGCUUCUUCGAGUCGUCGCUUCUGAAGGUCUUGAAGACUCGCCCAUUCUGGUUAUUUAUCGACGCCCUGGACGAAUGUGGCGAGAAGAUUGCGGUCAAGCUAGUCGAGGAGUUCAAGUCCUUGCUCCAGAGGCUCCCGUCCAUCGGGUUGAAGCACAUUCACAUCUGCUUCACUUGUCGUCACUACCCGAUUCUGCCAGACCUAGAUGGUACGCUCCAAAUAUGCACAGAAAAAGAAAACAGGGAAGAUAUAUCGACUUUCGUGCAAGACAAGCUCUCUUCGUUCCGUGGACGAACAUCAUCUACGAUUCCAGAAUUGAUCACGAACCGCGCCGAUGGCGUUUUCAUGUGGGCGUGGCUUGUGGUGAAGCAAGUUCUGGUCCUCGAGCGAGAGGGUGCCGGACCAACAGGGAUUGAGGCCAAAAUCCGUUUAGUCCCUCAGGAGCUGGAUGACUUAUACCGCGAACUCAUCCGAAACAUGGGCUCCGACUCUCUAAAACUCAUCCAAUGGAUCUGCUUUGCCACGCGGCCUUUGUCACGAGACGAAUUGCGAUGGGCCAUGCUUGUCGACGCCGAUUGCCCACACCAGUCAUUGUACGAAUGCCAGAGCGCAGGGGAUUACAUAUCCGACGAUGACCGGAUGAAGAGGCGAGUUCAGGCACUCAGCCACGGCCUUGCCGAGGUCAUGUCAGAUACGAAUGUUGUCCAGUUCAUCCACCAGUCCGUCAAGGAUUUUUUCGUCGAUAAGGGCCUAUUGGCUCUGGAUAAGUCCGCUAAUACCGACCUUGUAGUUAGAGUCGCACACCGUCGGCUUUCUAGGACCUGCAUACGCUACUUGGCGAUGGAGGAGAUCGGUCGGGCAGCAAGUCACGAGUGUUACCGCUUAAGAUCUAAGUUUCCUUUCCUGUAUUACGCCACGACCUCAUGGGUGGCGCACACGAAGCAAAGUGAUGCUAGAAGUAUCCCUCAAGAGGAUCUUCUGGACUAUUUUGCAUGGCCAUCAAACUCUCUUAUAGAACGAUGGGUGUGUAUUUACAGAAUAUUGGGGAGAUAUUCUGAUGACUGUCCGCCAGAAGGGACUAAUCUUGUACACGUUAUGUCGAGGUAUGGAGUGGUAGGAGCGUUGUAUGCCAUUUUAAACAGGGCAGACCAAGUUAGCAUUAAUAUCGACGCCAAAGAUUCGAAUGGCCAGACGCCACUUGGGGCCGGACGCCGCUGUUGUGGGCCGCCGAGAACGGGCACGAGGCCGUCGUGCGGCUGCUCCUCGACCGGGGCGCCCACGCCGAGGCGGUGGACCAGAUGGGCCGGACGCCGCUGCGGUGGGCCGCCGAGAACGGGCACGAGGCCGUCGUACGGCUGCUGCAAGUCCAUAUUGCUCAACCUUCGUCGACUAUGUUGCCUUGACCUCCACCCCACCCCAGUGGGGCCUACUGGAAACUGCGUAAGUAAAGUCAUUCCGAAUAUUGGAGAUACCCAUGAGUAAUUCAAGUCGAUUAGUUUCCCUCAGUGUUGGUCCGAUUUUGCUAUUGAUAUAUGCAAUUACCCAGCGUCACGAGCAGUGCCUCAGGAUAUUCGAUCAGGAAACGUCUCUCAGUGUUUGCGCCGAAAUUUGCCGGCAACAUCCUGGCCUCCGCUGAGCAUUGACACUUUGAACUUCCUGGUUGAUCAAGAAUGGCAGCGUCUUCUCAAAAUGGUCUGAUAUAACACCCCGUAUGCUUCUAAGGCGCUCAGCUUUGAAUUGCGGACAAGUAGCCUCCAUGUGUUUUCAGUUUCCUCUUCGUCCCUUAACACCUCAAGUACCAGCGCUUGC